CAAAGUGUAGAGCAGGAGCGCGGGGGAGCGCGGCGGCGCCUCUGCCACCAAACUCUUGGGGCUCCGUGGUGUUCGGAUUCAUCUCUUCUCCAGCCCGCAGAAGCCCUCUCACCAGGCUGCGGCUUCACUUUUUCCUCGCUUUUCUUUUUCUUUAAAAAACACAUAUUUUUGUUGUUGUUCCCUCUCUCUGUCUCUCUCUUCUGAUCACAGCAGCCCGGACCUUCCCGGGCUCUUCUCUCCGGGGCUGCCCAUCCCUCCGCUGCCCGUGAGGACGCUCGCCCAGCGUUGGGCGAAGCAAAGAAGAAAAACUUGUCGGAGGGGUUUCUCCAGACUCCCUAACCCCCCCCACCUCCCACGAACCCCAACCAGCCGCCGGCACCAGUCCUAAGUCUGGGAAAGUUCCUCUGGUGCUCGGCGCCCUCUUGGAUCUGCAUGGCACCGGUGCUGGCUGUGGAAUUAGAUCUGUUUUGAACCCAGUGGAGCGCGUCGCGGGCACUCGGAAGUCACCGUCCGCGGGAGUCUGGGUGGCGCUGCUUGCGAGGACCCUGGAGUUUGCCGACUCGGGCUGACGUGACCUUUCCUCCCCGCACUUGGUGGUAUUGUGUGGACUGAGGACUGCUAGGGUGGCAAGUUGAGGGGAAAGCCCCCGAAGUCCAGAGAGGGCUGGACUCCCUGCCCCUCCUUCGCUCGCUCGCCGCUGUUCUCUGCUACCGGGAGUAGAAGCCUAUCGAAAGGGACCGAGGCCUCAGGAUCCCACCCGAGACCCACGCGCAGAGCUCGGAGCCUCUAGCUAUCCCCACGGAGAACCCCGAAGUCCUCGCUGGGCAGGGAAGGGAGAUCGAGGCAGAGGCAUGGCGAGGUUCCCGAGGGCCAACCUGGCCGCAGCAGGAGUUAUGUUACUUUGUCACUUUUUAACCGACCGAUUCCAGUUCGCCCAAGGGGAACCUGGACACCAAAUCACUGACUGGAAGUAUGAUGUUUCAAAGACCUUUCCUCGAGGAGAAGUUGGGGUGGAUGUGAACUCACAAGCCUACAGCCACAGGUGGAAAAGGAAUUUAGACCCUUUUAAGGCAGUAGACACAAAUAGAGCCAGCAUGGGCCAAGACUUACCAGAGUCCAGAGGUUUCACUGACCUGUUACUGGAUGAUGCUCAGGACAACACCACCCAGAUCGAGGAGGACACAGAUCACAAUUAUUACAUAUCUCGGAUAUAUGGCCCAACGGAUUCUGCCAGCCGAGAUCUGUGGGUGAACAUAGACCAAAUGGAGAAAGACAAAGUGAAGAUUCAUGGGAUACUGUCCAAUACGCAUCGGCAAGCAGCUAGAGUGAAUCUGUCCUUCGAUUUUCCAUUUUAUGGUCAUUUUCUACGUGAAAUCACUGUGGCUACUGGGGGUUUCAUAUACACUGGAGAAGUUGUACAUAGAAUGCUAACAGCCACACAGUAUAUAGCACCUUUAAUGGCAAAUUUUGAUCCCAGUGUAUCCAGAAAUUCAACCGUCAGAUACUUUGAUAACGGCACAGCACUUGUUGUCCAGUGGGAUCAUGUGCACCUGCAGGAUAAUUAUAACCUGGGAAGCUUCACAUUCCAGGCAACACUCCUCAUGGAUGGACGGAUCAUCUUUGGAUACAAAGAAAUACCUGUCUUGGUCACACAGAUAAGUUCCACCAACCAUCCAGUGAAAGUCGGGCUGUCUGAUGCAUUUGUCGUUGUCCACAGGAUCCAGCAAAUCCCCAAUGUUCGAAGAAGAACAAUCUAUGAAUAUCACCGAGUAGAACUACAAAUGUCAAAAAUUACCAACAUUUCAGCUGUGGAGAUGACCCCACUCCCCACAUGUCUCCAGUUCAAUAGCUGUGGUCCUUGUGUAUCCUCUCAGAUUGGCUUCAACUGCAGUUGGUGUAGUAAACUUCAAAGAUGCUCCAGUGGAUUUGAUCGCCAUCGGCAGGACUGGGUGGAUAGUGGAUGCCCAGAAGAAGUACAGUCAAAAGAGAAAAUGUGUGACGGCACAGAGCCAGCGGGCACUUCUCAAACCACCACGACGUCACACACAACCACCAUGCAAUUCAGGGUCCUGACUACCACCAGGAGAGCCGUGACGUCACAGAUGCCCACCAGCCUGCCCACAGAAGAUGACACAAAGAUAGCUCUGCAUCUGAAAGAUAAUGGAGCCUCCACAGAUGACAGUGCAGCUGAGAAGAAAGGAGGAACCCUCCAUGCCGGCCUCAUCGUUGGAAUCCUCAUCCUGGUCCUCAUUAUAGCAGCGGCCAUCCUGGUGACAGUUUAUAUGUAUCACCACCCAACAUCAGCAGCCAGCAUCUUCUUCAUUGAGAGACGCCCAAGCAGAUGGCCAGCAAUGAAGUUUCGAAGAGGAUCAGGACAUCCUGCCUAUGCAGAAGUGGAACCAGUUGGAGAGAAAGAAGGCUUUAUUGUAUCAGAGCAGUGCUAAAAUUUUAGGACAGAGCAGCACCUGUACUGGCUUACAGGUGUUAAGACUAAACUUCGCUUAUACCUUUAAAACAAACAGACACACACCCACAGCCACACGCAAAGGAGCCCUAAACUGCUGUAGCCAGAAGGGAGACAAGAUUUCUGGAUUAGUCCAGCCCAGGAACAUUGAAAAGAAAACUCAGACUUGUACAAGACACCAUGUACACUGAAUAUAAAAUUCCCUAGUGGAGUGACAUACAUGGUUCAUGAGGAACAUCUCCUGUGGACUUGCUGGAAGUGUGACAAGAUGACAGUGUUUUUAGUUUAGGUGCAGGGUUGCAAAGGGAUCAAGGAAAAUAUAAUGAUAAUAAAUAAAGCUUUAGUUCGCAAGGGAUCUACACCUUUGGUUCAAAUGUUCUUCUCUGAUGUCUCAACGAUAACCAUGUUCCAAAGCCUGAAUGCUCUCCCUGGAAAGAGCAAUGAUGAAUGUUUCAGGAUUGCUGAAAACAAUAGCUCACGUGAGAACAAAACCAAAUGGAGGUUUUUCUAUCUUUCCCAAACAGAAUUUUGGCAAAGGGUUUUUACUUUUUGCUCUAGAUGCAGAUGUUCCAACAAGUUCAUUAUUCCAUAGGAUGAACUUUCAUCUGUUCAGAAGUUCACUAUGCCUGCCUCUUCCCUGGUAAUGAAUACCCUUCCUGUGAGCUGUGACACAAUUUCCAAAUGUUAAGCUAGAGACUAGAGAGGAGGGCAUAGCCAGUGGGGGUUUUCCAUUCUCUCACUUCAGAAUAAAACAAGUUUUCUUUUCAGAGGUGCUGCCUCCUCUCCCACCUGGAGUCCUAAAGCCUCAUUUGCUCUUAGCUAAUGGGAACUGACAGAAAUAACAGGAAGAAUUGUGUGAUCCUUUUUUGAGACAAAUAUCUUAAGGGAUUUUGAACACCCAUUAAAAAAUUUGCCAUGUUUGUGUGACAAACCCAUUUCAUUGUCAAUUCCUGUCUAAGAAGCCAUUCAAGUCAACAUAUCCUGGUGACAGGAAAAAUAGGAAAGAAAAAAAUGGAAUAACCCUGCUGAAUCAUGCAGUAAUUUUCUUUAAAGCACAUAGUAGUUACAUAAAUAUAUAUAUAUAAAUAUAUUUUUGUUUAUAACUAACACAAGGCAGGCUCUUGUGGCUCUAAAGAGUGUAUUUUGUCAUCAAGACAAAACAAAUGCAAGAUGUAUCACUGCAUUCCUUCCACAACAUUGUAAGAUAAUCCUUAAUAUUAGAAUAUUUUUGUGUCACUUCCAAAUUUGGUUCAUUUAGUUGCAGCAUGUAUCAUUUUGCAGCCUAUUGGAUCCACUCUUUCAUUCAUAACAACCCCUCCUUCCAUAAUUCAAAGAAGCAGUUGUAAACAUCCCUUGAGUGAAAUUCUCAUUUAUUGUACUGAUUGCAGUACAAUUUUCGAAAACUCCCCAUAAGUAAAGAAAGGAAGUGUACCAGUCAAGAAGGAAAGCUGUUGAUGUAAAGCAUAUCUCUAAACAUGAGGUCAGGUACUGUAGUGUAGAAGUCCACCAAUGGCUUGACCUGUAAAACUUCAACAUUCUGUGCCAAGAAAAAAUUCUGGUUCUUACAAGAUACAACAUUCAACAUUUACAAAUUCAAGUUUCAAAAAGCAAGGAUUCUCAACAGUAGCACUUCACUGACAGUUUACAAUCUGUGUACAGUAUCUACACUGGACAGUAUCCAUCCCCUAACAGGGUAUCACAUUAUCAUCCCCAGUAUCUGACAUAAGUGAGGGCUCUUUUCUGUCACAUGUGUUUUUCUUUACGAUUUAAAAUAUUUGAUGGUGGUACCAUUUCCCUAACUUCAGCUAAACAUGCCAGAAAGCAAAGGUAGAAGACCAACAUGGCUGCAGGAUGUGAUGACAAUCUGUUCCCCACCAGCUAUGCUCGAGUCAUAUGAGCUAUCUCAGCUUAUUUUUGUUGGUGUAGCUUUGGUGAGAAAGCAGUAGCCAAAUGACUUGCCAAUGUAACUGGUGCAACUGGUAUUCCACAGACACAUAAAGUACACAUAGACAAUUUUCCUUUUAGGAUAAGAUAAGGAUGCUUUCACUUGCUUUAGCAAUAAGCAUGGCUUCCAAUGGCAAUGGACUGGCAGACACAUAAAUCUCUUUGCCUAUACAUCUCACUGCUAACAUAAUUCCCACAAGUAGUAAUGACAUCCUUACCCUUCAAAGCUGUCUUCCAUUUGUUACUUGAAACAACUGAUAAUUCUGUUAAAUGAAUACACAAGACCCUCAAUUAUUCAGUACAUCAAAGCACUAAGCAAUGAGGCAAAAUUGGAAGCAAGGAGGAUUCUAAUUUGUGUGGAAAUUUUCUAAAAUCCCUAAAAGAAAGAGUUAAGCUUCGUAUGAAUCCACAAAAUAUUGGUAGAGUCUCUUUGCUCUAUGAAACUUUAAUUCUGUUUGCAUUCUGCUGUAUUCUUGAAUCCUGUUUACUUCAGAGGAAGGGCAUAUAGGAUUUCUAGAAAUUUUUCAAAAGAAUCCAGUAUAGUUGAUGUUAUAUGGAUUAUGCAUUAUGAAGCACAGAUACAAGUACCUUGGUCAACAUUCUGUGAGCUUGAAGAAAGAAUGACAAUGCUGUUCUUAUGAGAGGAAUAACAAUGGGAUGCAUACGACCUUAAGACGAACCCAGGGAAUUGGUGCUGCAAAGGAACUCAGCUAUUUUACCUUAAUUUUAAGAGUAAUGACCAGUGAUUAUAUAACUAAUCAACCAACCAUAUGGUCCAUGUUAUCUAUUGGCUUGUUUGUGAGUGGUUGAAACCUUGUGGUACACUAACAAUUAGAAAGACAAAGGUUAAUGGCAAAGGUCAAUUGGGCACAGAUGUUUUUUCUGUAAGGUUUCUGGGGUAUUCAGUAUACUCUCAAAUGUAUGAUUUAGAUAGGUGCUGUCCACUAUUAUCUACUGGACAAUUAUGGCUAGUAAUUUUUAGAUUAAUACAAUUUAUAUUCAAUCUCCUGGUCACGUUUGAAGUGACCCAUAGCCACACAUGGCUCAUGGCUACCAUUGCGGUCUACACAUAAUUCUAUCAUUGAAGAAAUUUAAUUAUAAAGUCCUAUAAUGUUUUAAUUGAACUACUUAUUCUUGAAGGAAAUAGUGGAAGGAAAGAAGGAAGGAAGGAAGGAAGGAAGAAAGGAAAUAUGGUAACACUUAGACACAUCAAAAAUUUUUUGUAAUAUAUGUGAGGCCUCAUAGAGAAAUGAAGAGACUUAGUUGACAUGGCUUUGUGUCUUCAUAGUGUUUUCUCAGAAAAAUCAUUUCAAUCUCCAUGAGUCUCAAUUUUCAAGUUGUAAAAACAUUAAAUAUGUUGUCCUGUCUUUUUUGAAGUAUUAUUUUUGCAGACUGAUUAUACAUACAGAUGUAAAGAUUUUCAAAAAUUUACAUCAAUGUAAUCUAUAAAGCACAUCUGUAGGGCCAGUACCAAACUGCACACAAAGGAAGAAUAGUCCAUCAUUCCAAAAGGCAACUAAAGAUAAUUAAGGCAAUACAUUCUUGAGAUGCUGUUAAAGCACAUAGCAAAACUGCUUGAAUAUUUUUUGUUCUUUUUUGUUCAUAUUUUUCUUUUCUGACUCUUUUUCUUAUUUGCACAAUUGCUGUGUCUCCUCUACCUGCCUGGACUCUUUCUUAUGUCACUUGGUGCCUCUCGUUAUUCUGCUUUUCUACUUUACUCUUUACAAUAAAAUGAAUCCCAGGAUCUUAGCAGAAGAUCUUUUGAAAACAAAAAUGAUACUACAAACAUUAGCUAUCUCAUAUUUAUUUUUAUUUCUAAUACAAAUGUAAGGCACUAUGAAGUUAAAAUAAAAAUAUUAUGGAGACUUGCUUUUUAAUGUAAAUUCUGCAAAUACAAACUUUAUAAAAGGAAUAGUUACUUUAAAGUAUGCUCUUGUCCAGAUAAUAUACAGUGUGGGAAGGUAUCUCAUGCAACCUGUUCAUUUUACUGACAAGAAAACCAAGACUUAAAUGAUACAAGAAUUCUCUCUGUUGUUAAAAGUGGGUUUUAAACUUAAAAUUCUCAAUUCGUCUUUUUUGCUUCAAUUGUUAUUGCUUGCAUUUUUGCAAGCAAUUAAGACAAACAAGCAGCUUAAAGUCCUAAUCCAUGACAAAAUUAACUUUAUCUGAUAUAGGGAUGAUCUGUAUAUCCUAUACUAUAAUAUGAAGCAUUAAACAACCUUCGUGCAUCCUGUUACUAUCUCAAGAAUGCUGUUAUUCUGUUUUGAAUUCCGUCUCCUAUAGGAUCCGUAUAUGUGUCCCUUCUCCCACUCUCAGCUGUGGUCACCAGGUUAGCAACACUAUUAUCUUUGUCAUUUAACUGUUCUUCUGUCUUUGUUUCAUUUCUACUCAAUUGUAUUUGAAAACUAAUACUGUUUUUUGAAGAAUUUCCACCACAUAAAUAAUCAGUUUUAACUUGUUCGUGAAAACUAUUUGGCCACUUGUGAUCCAAGAAGACCUUGUGGGAAAAUAUUGUGAGAUCAGCGGUGUUCCCUAUGAUGUACUCAUAUCAUUGUGUUUUUAUAAAGCACUUUACAUUUUA